AUGAAUUCAGCGAAAGUUAAACGUAGUCUAUCUCACCUCGAUCGAUUGUUCGGAAGGAAACGAACACAGACAUGGCCACCCGUUCCUUUGACAGAAGUUGGCAGAGUAAACGGUUGCAGGAAUUCUUUGACAUUGGCGACAAUUCCCGAAAGAGACUCGUCGGUCAAAUCUGCAAAAACGAACUCGCCCGGAAGACGUCGCGCGGGCACCAUCGCCGACCUUCGCGCCCCGCGUGUACAAGAUGAGCAACUCCGAACUAUAAUUUUAGACGUCUUGACAUCUUAUUUGGCGCAGUUUUCCGAAUAUAACCACAAUCUUUUCGGACGGCUUGGCCCUUUACUGAGUGAGCUCAUUAAAGUUCGUGUCGAGGAAGAAUCCCGCGAGACACACAAGAAAUACAAAAUCGUGUCCCAAGUAUAUAUUGGCGCGGUCUUAGAGGACGGUAUCGACGCAGCUACACAAUGCUUGUGGACGCCAUGCUGUGAUAAAUUUGCCACAGCUAGUUAUGGAACAAAGACUUUAUUUGCUGUUGGAAUCGUCUUCGCCGUGCAAUUGUAA